GAUUAUUAUUCCUCCGUUGUUUUCUUUUUCAUCUUUUCGCUUUUGUCACCAUGGCGAAGGCACGUACUAAGAAGCGCACUCAUGUUCGCGCGCAAAAUGCUACGGCUGCUGCUGCCAAAGGCGGCACCGCAUCUAUGAGCAAGACUCCGAAGUCGAUGGUUAUCCGUGUCGGCGCUUCAGAAGUUGGUUCUAGUGUCAGUCAGUUGGUCAAGGAUGUGCGAACGAUGAUGGAGCCGGAUACGGCUGUUAGAUUGAAGGAACGCAAAUCAAACAGACUAAGGGAUUACACGACUAUGACUGGUCCCCUUGGAGUCACACAUCUUAUGCUUUUCUCCAAGUCGGCAUCUGGAAACACGAACAUGCGUUUGGCGCUUACGCCCCGUGGUCCGACAUUGCACUUCCAGGUCGAAAACUACUCCCUAUGCCGUGAUGUUGAGAAAGCUUUGAAGCGCCCGAGAGGUGGUGGUCAGGAUCACAAGACGCCUCCUUUGUUGGUCAUGAACAACUUCAACUCCCCCAACGCCACCGAGGACUCUAAGGUACCUAAACGUCUGGAGAGUCUCUCAACGACCAUCUUCCAAUCUCUCUUCCCCCCGAUCAACCCUCAAGCCACUCCCCUCUCUUCCAUUCGCCGUGUGAUGCUCUUGAACCGUGAACUCGCCCCCGAGGGUGAGGAAGAAGAACACUAUGUGUUGAACCUCCGUCAUUACGCCAUUACUACGAAGAAGACCGGCGUUUCGAAGCGCAUUCGCCGCCUCGAUCCUAAGGAGAUUCGCAACAGGGAGAAGAAGGGAGCCGCUGUGCCCAAUCUGGGUAAGCUGGAGGAUGCGGCGGAUUAUCUGCUGGACCCGUCAGCUGCUGGGUAUACCUCGGCCAGUGAGACGGAAAUGGACACGGAUGCUGAGGUUGAGGUGGCCGAGAGCACCACGAAAAAGGUCCUCUCGAAGCGCGAACUGCAGCGCAUGAAGGCUGGAGAGAAGGAGAAGGCACAGAAGAAGCUGAGCAAUGCUCCGGGAGUCGAGAAGCGGGCGGUCAAGUUGGUUGAGCUGGGCCCUCGUAUGAAGCUCCGCCUGCUCAAGGUUGAAGAAGGUCUUUGCGAAGGUCGCGUGAUGUGGCACGAUUUCAUCAAGAAGUCGGAGGAGGAAGUUACCAAGUUGGACAAGAACUGGGAUCAGAAGAAGAAGGAGAAGGAGCAAAGAAAGAAGGAACAAAAGGCGAAUAUCGAGAAGAAAAAGCAAGCCAAGGCUCAAGCUAAAGCCGAAGGCAAGGAGGUUGAAGAUGACGACGAAGAUGAUGUUGAUAUGGAUGAGGAUGAUGAAUGGCUCAGUGAUGACUUCGAAGAUGACAAUGCGGAGGAGCAGGAGAACGAUGAUGAGGAUGAGGACGAAUCGAUGGAGGAGUAAACAGGCGCAUUUUCAUCACCUUGAAACGGACUCUCAAUGUCAAGCAGCUCAUAGCCCAGCUGCUACAUCAACAUCCCACGCAUUACUUGCUUCUGCCGUUGACCCUGAGAACUGGGCGCAUGCAUGUGAAGCUAUGAUAGUGGAGACCAGUUACAUUUCAGUGACGAAGCCUGCGAUGACAGACGUGACUCUUUCUUCCUUUGCUCGUUGGCAUUGGGAGUACUGGUGGCCACGGACGAGAGGGACUGAGUUUUUUAAAAAGUCUCGAUCAGAAUGUUACGAGCCAUGACCGGAAGUCUCUCGUGACGUUCAGCAGGCUGGCCAUGACCGAUAGAAGUACCAAAAUAUACCCACAAAUCCUGCC